AUGUCCACCCGCAAGAGAAAGAAUGACCCGGAGGAAGAGCUUGUGGCUCUCCCCAGCGAUGAUAGCGAAGAAGAGGAAGAAUAUGAGGACUCUGAGCCCGACCUGAGUGACGAGGGGGGUGAAGAGGUAGACGAAGAGGCCGAGUCUGAAUCAGACGAAGACGAAGACGAGGAAGCCGAGGCUGAAGGUCCCCCAGCAGCCAAGAAGCAGAAAACCGCCCCCGCCGCUGACAAAACAGAAGUCACCGAGAACGGCGCCAACGGUGACAAGGAUGGCGAGGGGGAGUACGAAGAUGAAGAUGAAGAUGCCGAGGCCGCCGACGAUGUAGAUGAGGAAGUCGAAGCUGCUGCCGAUACGGCGAAGACCAGCGGCCCCGCUGAGGCUGCAGCAAAGGCUAAAGGUGGUGAGGUCCCCAAGGAGUCGGAUCUCGCUGAGGUUGACGAUGCGGAGUAA